AAUUGCUAAGACCUGAUAGAAAUUUAAUAUGAACCAGUAGGUCUGAGCCAUCAGAGAGAGAGAGAGAGAGAUAGAAAUUGUAAUUUUUUUUUACCAUACUCAUUCAACUCAUUCGAUAGUGACUUUAUUUCCCGAAUAUGUAGUCAUGAUGCGUUCUUUUCGAAAAAAAAACAUAUGUGUAGUCUUUAUUAUGAGCUUUUUAUCACCAUAGCAAAAAAAAAAUCUAUACCAAAGAGUGUGACAAUUGAUGAUGUUCUGCCGUGCCCUAAAAAGUUAAGUGGUGAAACUGUAUCUGAAAAAAAAACUUCGAUUCAAAUGACGCAAGGAACUAGCCUGAUAGAAAUAUUUCUUAUCAAAGCUUGGAAGGAGAAGCGGCGGCAUCCGGUGCGGAAUGUGCUUAAUACUUUAUUUCCAAUCGUAGUGGUAACGCUGUACGUCUUCAGCCGUUCUGGAUAUCAACGGGGCGGUGCCAGGAAGAGUGCUCCAGAGACUCCGGUUCUGCUAGCGGACGCGAUUUCCCAGGACGAACUGAUAGAAUUCUAUCCGACCGGCACCUACAACAAGCUGUACUAUUCUCCAAAAAACGAGUUUACCGAGGAACUGAUCGAACAUGUCCGCCAGAAGCUUUCGAUUAUCAUCGACCGAGUUGAAGGUUUUUCAACAACCGACGAAAUGGAACACGUCGUACUGGCCAGUCAGGACUUUUACGCGAUCACUUUCGGCAGUAAUUCAUCCGAGGCACGACUCUCAUACACGAUUCGCAGUAAAAACAACAACUUUCGCACGCAGGAAGUCUACUCGCGGGAUCCUUACACGAGUUUCCUGAAAGAUCGAAACGAGUACUUCGAAAGCGGUUUCCUUGCGUUGCAAUAUGCGAUCGAAAAAUCGUUCCUGGAAAUACGAACGGGACUGGCGGAUGAGUCCUUGCCGGAGUACCGGUACGAGCACAUACCACUGGGCGGUGAACGACCGCAGGAAUCAUCGGAAAUCUUUGUGGUCAAUAUGAUACUGGCAGUGUUCAUCUCUGUGGCCUGUACUUAUCUUCUGUUGGUUCCGCUUGUGGAAGAGAAGGCUUCCGGUAUGAAGGAAUACCUAAAGAUUGCCACUCCGAACAGCUACUGGAACGAGGUGGCAAUUUUCGCGGUGAGUUUUAUUCAACUGUUUGUGAUCUCGGUGGUCUGCAUGAUUAUCACCAAUGUCGCAUUGGUUUGGGCACUGACGACUGCCCAGGUUGUAUGCUCCUACCUACUGCUGUUUUUGUUUGUCAUCUGUACCAUCAUGUUUACAUUCUUCAUCAGUACCCUGCUGGAAUCCGUCACAAUAUCGACGAUCGUGGCACCAAUCUGCUACUUUGCUCCGGUCAUUUUCGCUUCCGCCCAGAAACGAUUCGAAAGUUGCCUACUGAUUUUCCCGAUGGCUGGAUUCAAAGUAGGCGUGUCGAUUUUGCACGACUAUCAAAACUCAUGGCGCAGCUUCACAGCAGGCGAUGCGUUCGCAACCGGAUAUCCCGGAAACGCUAGAAAUAGUUUAGUCUGGGUAAUGGUCAUGCUGAUAUUCGGUACCAUAGUUUGGGCAUUGUUGUGGUUCUACAUUUCAAAUGUUUUUCCCGGAAAGUACGGUACCCCUAAAAAGUUUUUGUUUUUGUUCGAAAGAAGCUACUAUCAGAAAAGUUCGAAUAAAAUCAACAACAGUCACGACCGCUCCAGUCUGACCGAAGAGGAUAACAACGACAACGAAAAAGUGAUGGAAAAUGGUGACCAUUUGGAGAAGGUUGUGAAAAUCACCAAGCUUAACAAAACAUUCAAAACAUCGUUCGGAACGCGUACUGCGGUGAAAGAUCUGUCGUUGAAAAUAUACAAAAACAGAAUAACGGCUCUGUUGGGUCACAACGGUGCAGGGAAGACAACGACCAUGAACAUCAUCACUGGAAUGACUCCUCGAACCUCCGGAAGCAUUGAGAUCGAUGGGGAGGAAAACUCCAACAACUAUCGGCAACAGAUUGGAUUCUGUCCGCAGCACAAUGUAGCGCUGAAAUACAUGACCUGUCGCGAACAUUUGACUUUCUUCGGAGCUAUUCGUGGCAUCAACAUUGAACAGGCUAAACUAGAGGCGGAUGAGAUCCUAGGGAAGGUGAACCUGUUGGAGAAAAGUGAUGAAGUACUGUCCAACCUGUCCGGCGGAAUGAAGAGAAGACUUUGCCUAGCGAAUGCCAUCAUCGGUAGAACAAAGCUACUGAUUCUAGAUGAGCCGACUUCGGGAUUGGAUCCCGAAUCAAGACGAGACAUUUGGGAUAUUUUAUUGAGACUAAAAAAGGAUCACACUAUUCUGAUUACUACACAUUUCAUGGAGGAAGCGGAUGUGCUCGGCGAUUGGAUUGCCAUUAUGGAGAACGGGGAAUUGAUUGCGUUCGGUACCUCCAUGUUUUUGAAGCAUUAUUACGGAAAGGGGUACACACUGAAGCUUCUUAAGAAAGGUCACUUCAAAAAGGAAGAAGUUCUGGCCAAAAUCAGAGAUCAUAUCAGCGUGGAUGAGGAAAAACCUUCCGUGGAACCGGUGUUUGCUGUCACGCUUCCCUACAUUACCAUCGAACAGUAUGCGCCUCUGUUGAAAGAUUUAGAGGAAAACAAGGAAACCUAUGGAUUUGAUAGAAUCAGUAUUACGAACGCAACAUUGGAGGAGGUGUUUUUGAAUUCUUCCGCGAAAAAUAAGGCACUGGAACAGAAUGAAAGCUUCGACGUUCCAGAUGGACCCAGCAGACUGCGAAGCCCAGCUUCGAGUAAUGGGCAAGUCAAACAGACGGUUAAGUUCGACGAAAAGAUAUGUUGGCCUUUGCUGCAGCAGUUCUUUGCAAUCAGCUACAAGAAAUAUAUACACAUCAGAGCAAAUCUUCACAUUUACGGUUUGAUGUCGUGCUUACCAAUUGUUACAGCAAUCUUUUGCUUCAUGUUUAGCAACAGCUUGGCUCUAAUUGAUUACGACUCCGUCGCGUUACAUCAUUCAGCGGUAGAUCGUGCGUUUGUUGUGAUCAUGCUGAACAAUAACGAUCGUCCGAUCGACGUUGAAACGCUCCGAAACAGUACUAGCUUUAAAAACUUGGACAUAAUACUAGCCGACGAUGGUCGCAUAGAGGACUAUCUGGUACAGGAAGCUGGCAGAGAUUGGAACCGUUAUCUGGAUCAGUUGAUAGCGGCAAUCGAGUUUAACGUUAGUGAUCGCAGUCUGACCAUACUGCACAAUAAUAAUUUGCUGCACAGUGCUCCCAUCGCCGCUAACAUUGGAAAUAAUCUGCUGCUGAACUAUUACGGUUAUCCGAAGGCGGAAAUUUCCGUGCGGAACAGUCCCAUUAACCGAAGAUCGCAGCUAGAUUCGAUGACGCCUUAUCUGUUCACGGAGUCGAUUGCUUUAGCAUUCAUGCUCUACAUUUUGCAAUUCCUGCAACUGCCGUACCUCGAAGCAUCGUCCGGUUUCAAGCAACUGCAGAACAUCAAUCGCUACGUGUACUGGGGCAGCUCAUUUCUGUUGGACUUUUUGUUACAUAUCAUCAUCUGUCUGUUUGUGUACUGUGUUGCCCGGAAUAUGGACCGAGAAGUGGUUUUCAGUCGAACCGAACAUAUCCAGAUCCUCGGUAUUCUGAUAAUGUACGGCCUGGCUGCCCUGUUGGUGAUUUACAUCAUUAGCCAGUGCGUCGAUAGUAUGGAUACCGCCGUGACCUUCAUGAGCUAUCUGCUGAUCAUCGGUGUUUGCGGAGUGCUGCUGCUGUCGGACGGAUACGAUCGGAUACGCGAGAACGGCGGCAUCAUUAUGCUGUUGCAUCUGAUUCCCGAGUUUGCACUGAAACACUCACUGCGAGUGGUUUACGAGAAUCAGAAACUCAACAGAAUUGAAGCCUUGAUCCGGGCGAACACGAUUGACCACAGCAGAAGCGCUGAUCGGCAACUUGAUUUGAAUGGGAUUUACGUACUCAUACCAACUAUGAUGUUGGUUUUAAUAGUGGUACUCAACGAAGUGGUUGAAAAUAUGUACAGAAAGGGAGCAAUUCUUGAAGCAAAGACUAGAACUGUCCACCUUAUAAAGUAUUAUCUGCGUUGUGGUCGAAAAAGAUGCAAAGAUUUCGAUCAAACUGAUUCAAACUAUGAGAUGUGCAGCACCGUAGACGAUGAUGUGGAUGCGGAAACCAAUAUGGUGAACGAAAUGGUUGCCAAAGAACCACAGCAGUUUGCCCCGUACACGAUCGCUGUUCAUAAUCUGAAGAAGCGCUACCUGAAGCUACCGGCGGUGAAGGGUGUCAGUUUCGCUGUUAAACGAGGAGAAUGCUUCGGGCUUCUCGGGAUGAACGGAGCCGGUAAGACAAGUACAUUCCAGAUGAUCACUCGAAAUCUACCGAUCACAGACGGAACGGUCUAUCUGAACGAAUCAGAUGUUAGGAAAUCCUACGAAAGUGUCUACCGUUCCCAAUUCGGAUACUGUCCCCAGGGGGAUGCAUUGCUUGAUUUUAUGACCCCGUAUCAACUGCUUAACUACAGUGCAAGGGUUAAGAAUUUGAAGGAUCGUGAGAAUUUAGUCAAUCGAUGGCUAACCGAUCUUGACAUACUUUCAUUCGCCCACAAUCGAAUCAACGAAUGUUCGGGUGGAACCAAACGCAAAGUGAACACGGCGCUAGCAAUGCUGGGCAAUCCUUCGAUAGUAUUUCUAGACGAACCGACGACGGGCGUCGAUCCCAAGUCGCGGCAUUUCGUGUGGGGUCGAAUUAAGUCUCUCCAGCGGCAGGACCAGACCAUCAUUCUGACCUCGCACAGUAUGGACGAGUGCGAGGAACUGUGCAACCGACUGUCGAUCAUGGUCGGUGGUCAACUGCGGUGUAUCGGUUUCAUUCAGCGGUUGAAGGAGAAGUACGGCAAAGGUUACAACUUGUGGCUUAAACUGAACAGUAAUAGCAGUUUAUCGCCAAGCACGUUGGUUGCCGAUAUCCAGCGACGGUUCCGAUGUGAAAUCAAGGAAGAACACGAUGGUAUGCUGAAAUUCCUCGUCCCCGAGCCGAUACGAUUGUCGGAACUGUUUGCGCAAAUAACCUCGCUCAAGAGGGAUUACGAUGCGGUCAUCAGUAGCUUUUCGAUCAAUGAAACUUCACUGGAAGACAUUUUCCUCAACUUCAAGCCACCGUCCGUCAGUGCGCGAUGCGGUCGACUGGUCGAAGAUAUUGUGUGAAUAUUUGGUGUGCUUUUGUAUUUAUGUAUGUCUAAAUUCGUGAAGCCUACGUUGUUCAAUAGAACUGAAUUCUUUAUAUGUUAAGGCACUACUAUGUGGAGGACUUGUGACACACUCUAUUAGAAAAUUUUGGAGUAUUGAAUCUGUGCGGUUAUUUAUAAGUUCAUAACAAAUUUCCAAAGUAUUAGGAUUAUAAUUCUAUCUUCAUGUGAUUUUAAUCGAAUCCGCGCAGCGAAUCAAUAUCAUGCAUAUAAAAUCGAUCACGAAAAGAUAAAAAAAGAUUGUAGAGAAAUAAUAAAACAAUCGUUCGGAACGUCAGUAAAGACAUUACACUUCGUUGCAAAUCAAAAGUGUUCUGUAAAUGGCAGAAACUUUACGUCUGCCCAGCGGUUCAAAUUGAACUACUGAGUAUUGUAUUAAGCAGUUCAAUUUGAACUGCUAUGCACUGAUAAGUCAAAGACGAAACGUAAACAUAUUGAACAAAACGUACUAAACUGCCGUUCCAAGUCUAACUGUGUAUGAAAAAACAUAAGAAAUCCGAUAGGAUAUGAGACAGCUGUGCGUAGAACGACGUUAAAUAAACAACCUUUUUCAUAUUGACUAAACGUGUAAA